AUCAAACCGGUAGAGGGCAGUAGAACAAUGUGCCAUGGUUUGGAGCAUCGACGUGUUUUGAUCAGCUGACGAUGACAGCACGUUCACAGUGGAGCUUGCUAGCAAUGUAAACUAUCAUUCUGCAACACACAGGCACCGGAGUGUGUGUAUGGAUGUGAUUUGAAUGUAACUGAAGGAUUUCCGAAAUUUAAAUAUUUUUGGUGCCAAUACCCUGUACACCAAUAGGUGUAGUCUGUCAAUACAACUGUGAAGAAGAAUCAUUCUGCAAAUUCGGUAGUAUUUAUGAAUGACGUGCACUUUGCAGCAACUUUGAUGCAACUGUGAACAUCAUCAUCAUGGCUUCGAGCUUCGCCCCACCAAAACUGGCUGAUUUCAUUCUCACUGAGAGGCUUGGCAGUGGCACCUAUGCGACAGUUUACAAAGCUUACAGAAAGGGGGACAACCGGGAGGUGGUGGCAGUGAAGGUGGUUGGGAAGAAGACUCUGAACAAGGUGUCUAUGGAGAACCUGCUGACUGAGAUAGAGAUCCUGAAAACUGUUCGCCACCCUCACAUUGUUCAGCUGAAGGACUUCCAGUGGGACAGUGAAAACAUCUAUCUUAUCCUGGAGUGGUGUUCUGGUGGGGACCUGUCCCGUUUCAUCCACAGUAGGCGCUUGCUACCUGAGAGAGUGGCUCGGCUCUUCCUGCAGCAGAUAGCCUGCGCUCUUCAGUUUCUCCAUAAUCAUAACAUCUCCCAUCUGGACCUGAAACCCCAGAACAUUCUGCUCAGUGGUUCUGUCCUUAAACUAGCAGAUUUUGGCUUUGCGAGUUACAUGUCUCCGUGGGAUGAGCAGAGUGCUCUGAGGGGCUCUCCUCUCUACAUGGCCCCUGAGAUGGUGUGUCGAAGGCAGUAUGACUCCAGGGUCGACCUCUGGUCUGUGGGAGUCAUCCUGUAUGAGACACUAUUUGGCCGGGCACCAUUUGCCUCCAGAUCCUAUGCUGAACUGGAGGAGAAGAUCCGCAGUGACAAGCCCAUCGAGCUGCCUGCAGGGGCCAGAGUGUCCAGGAACUGCAGGGACUUACUGCUGCGGCUGCUGGACAGGGACCCUGACACCCGCCUCACCUUCACUCAGUUCUUCUCCCACCCCUGGGUGGACCUCGAGCACAUGCCCAACGCAGGGAGCCUGGGGAAAGCGAAGGAUCUGGUCCUGAAAGCUGUUCAGAAGGACCAGGAGGGGGAUAGAUCAGCUGCUCUGUCUCUGUACUGCAGCGCACUGGAGCACUUUGUCCCCGCCAUUCACUAUGAGACAGACAGACUGCGUAAAGAUGCCCUUAGGCAAAAGGUUAGUCAGUACGUGUCCAGGGCAGAGGAGCUGAAAGCUCUGGUGUCUGCAGACAACAGCCUCUGCUUUGAGCAGUUCAAGUCCACCAGAGACAUCCUGAGAGAGAUGUCCCGAGACCAACCACGGGUGCUGGCUGCUCUGGAGCUGGCAUCUACAGCCAUCGUCAUGGAGGAGAAUGGGAUAGAGGACCAUGAUACACUGGCUCUGUACCAGCAGAGUCUGGGAGAACUACUGCUAGCCCUGGCAGCUGAAGCCCAGGGGCGCCGGAGAGAGCUGCUCCAUGGUGAGAUCAAGAGCCUAAUGACCAGAGCUGAAUACCUCAAAGAACAGAUCAAGAUGCUGGAGACCCAAAAAGAUGUCUCAAUGGACAGAGAGCCUCUAUCAGAAUCUGUGAGAAGUUCAUGCUGUGUGCAGUGAGCCAGCCUGGCAGUAGGAACCAGAGAGAGGGGCCAUCGUGCCUGCAGAGCACCAGACCUCCUGCACCUCUACGGGUCAGGCUAAGGAAUCCCUCAGGCCUCUGUGGCCAUGGCCUCAGUAGUCUCGCGUCACCCUACUCGUAAGUCUCAAUCAUCGCACGGCUGUUGUUUCCCAACAAACAUGAGAAAGCCUGGAAAUGGAGGCAAUGGCGUCAAUCUACCCUGUUAUUACUCUGCCUGGACUUCAACUAGCAGCUUGUCAGCCUUGCAUCCCCUCACCAACACAACACAGAAGACUGUCAGAGUCUCCAGUCACUGCUCAGCCUCAAAGCCUUGCCUAACCAUUCAUAUGGAAAGGCUUGACAGCUUGUAUGCUAAUACUGUACUGUCAUGAUAAACUAGUGCUGUAUCAUGUUGUUGUGUUAUGUUGCAGGAUGAAUAAGAGUAAUAAUGAGUCUCAAAUGCUUGUAGUUGCACAAUAGAUGGCGACUUGAACUCAGAAUGGCUACCCAGCAUAGCAAGUUUGUAGUCUGUAACUGAUGGGAGUUAUCAAAAUGUAUCAUUCAUAUUUGGGAAAGCUCUUCUGGCAUCUGUCGCCCCACAUACACAUGUGCGUGCGCAGACACACACACACACACACACACACACACACACACACAUACACACAAACAAACUAAAUCCAUUUUCUGUGGCCUGACCACAGUCUCACCACGCUCUCUCUGCUGAUGGAGCAGCCUCUACCACUAUGAGAGGAAAACUGGAGAGGUGCGGCUGCAGCCUUAUUUACUCUGUAGACUUUCAUUUACUUUUGGGUUGGCACCGGUCAGGAUGAAGGCAUACAGUAGCAACUGUGAAGUCAAGGCGUGCUUCACAACUCAGCCUGCUUUAGUAGCCUGCCAAGGACAUUUGAUGACAGGUUAACAGUUACUGCUGUUGUGGGUCUUUUCCUUUCUGUUUGAUUUCAGUGAGCCAGGUUGUGUGCAUGAAUCUACUUUCAAGGGAACUUUCAGUAUUUGUGAAUAUACUGUACCAUAGGAGGCGAUCUGCUGUUUAAUCAGGAAAUGGAAUGGUGUAACUGAAAAGGAAGGGAUUGGAAAGAAAUGUCUGUCGAAUUGAGAACUGACAAUUGUGUAUUGUUUUUGUUGAAACAUUUUGUAUGGGUAUGAUUUUAUAAAUAAUUUAUUACCGUAAAAGGCUGAUUCAAUUGAAGUAAAAUUGGUAUGUAAUGUGUUAUGGCCUGUAUUCAUAAAUUAAAGUGCCUUUGGAAAGUA